GGUACUUCAAUCUUCUGGAAAUCGCCUGAAUAACUUCGAUCUCUCCCUUGCCGGAACUGAGGCAGAUCGAGGCGAAGUCAGCCCUCUGCAGUACCAUCCCGUUGUAGAAGAUGGCACUCUGUACUUUCCUGAGCUCAAUCCCUCUGAAAUCUGACCGAACUGAGUUCGUCGACCUAUAGGGUUUUCUCCUCUGAAAUUUCGCUGCUGUGAAAUCUGAAGCUUCAGUCUGGAUCCAUAAAUAACAUCCCUCUGUUGCCGAGACCAACCAGAGCAGAUUGGCAAUACUGCCUCAAACCCCUGCCGCGGCGCCCGAUUAGAGAUGGCGUACAUCCCCGGCCCUUCUGCCCUCUUCAAGUUAUGUGUGUAUUCUGCUUAGAUUAAUCACUUAAAAGCUAAAAACUGAAAGCGGAUGAAAUGCUGCUUUAAAUCUAUGUUUAAAAAACCGACCCAACCCGGCCGGGUUGACCCGGAACGCGGUGACCCGGACAAAAAUCCGGUUCGGUUUCUUCAAAAUCCGAAAAUGGUCAAAAACCGGAAAAACCCGGCUGACCCGAAAAAAUCCGAUCCGGACCUGACCCAAGAAACCCGAAAAACCCGGUUUUCGGUCUUUUCCAAAAAAAAAGUAAUUUCUUUUUUAAUUUUAAUGCAUUUUUUAAACCAAUAAAAUCGCAAUUUCAAUUCCCUAAAAAGAAAAACUGUGUAAUAUAUUUAUAUAUUUAUUUAAGAAUGAAAAUCAUGCCAAAUUAUAAUAUAAAUGUACAAUACAAAUAAAAAUAUAUAAUGAGAGUGUAUAUAAUUAUAUGUUUAUUAUUAUAUAGACGUAUAAUCGUUGACCGGUUUUCCGGCUUUGACCGGGUUGACCCUCCGGGUCCGGGUUGACCCGUGACCCAGUCACAUGACCGGGUCGCUCACCGGUCCGGUUUUUACAACAUAGCUUUAAAUUGCUUUUCACUUUUUCUAUUAAACAAAAAUUACUUAUUUUACCAAACACUGACAACUUUUACUUUUUCAGAAUUAAUUUUUUUCAAACACUACCAACUUUUACUAUCAAGUACUUUCUCCAAAAUCACUUUAAAAAUCAUUUUAAGUAGAAGCAGUCGUAAAAACUCCCUAACUUUUCUCAAAAAACGCUUAUUUGGAGAGUUUUAACGAGUUUUUGAAAAACUUAUUCUUUUCCAAGAGUUUGGGUGCUACAUAGAUUUUCUCUAGAGACAGACAUACUGCUUAUACAUACAAACUCAAAAUGAACCCAAAAAUAGAUACGCCAACCAUUUCUGAUUAUCAGUGCGAAAAAAGAGUCAAUAGCACAUAAAGUUUGAACUGAACACAAAAGAAUAUAGGAGUGGGGCCACUGUAGUGUAUAAAUCUGAGAAGUAAUACUUCAACUCUUCAAGUCCUCUUCAGCUAAACUCUCUACGGAAAAAAGCAAUUUAAGGAAAAUGAGAUCUGCUUCGUCUCAUGCUUUCUUCCUCAUUGUCCUCCUCGGAAUCUUCGCAUGCAUAUUCAAGAAGAUUCUCCGGACGUUUCCGAGGUCGGUCAUCCUAAACCACGUCGUUUCAACAGCGACACAGCUGAAACUGUCUUGGGAUUGUCUCCUCUUACACUCCAUCUGCCAUGCACCCGCCUCCCCCUACAAAUUCAGCCGCUCAUCCGUCGCCGGACAUUCGACGGAGAACGCUGCGUCUGGGCUCGGCGUAAGGGUUUUCGAGGGGAGAUCCGGCGGAGAGACGGAGCCGCCGGAAUGCCCGAUUUGUUUGUGUGGGAUAGAAGACGGAGAGGAGGUGAGGGAGCUGAGGUGUCAACAUGUUUUCCACGUGGCUUGUUUGGAUAGGUGGCUUGGAACUGGCCGUAUGACGUGUCCUCUUUGCCGGAGCCACGUCAAGACAACGGGCCCACCCCUUGGUCAACUUCAGGAUGACGUCAUCGUCUUCGAUUUCUUCUCCAGACGGCGAGAUGAAUGCAUGUGGUGGAUAAGGUGAUGAUUAGACAAGAUCACAAGAGUCAAAAUAUGUCAACUGGAUUCAUUCAUUGUAUAUUUGUAUUUAUACUUGCUAGUAUUUAAGUCUAGUGGGUUUAAGGGGAAAAUGGCGAAAUUGCCAUUUCCAUCAUUAGUUAUUUUUAUUAGAUUCGUUAUUUUUAUUAAAAUAUCCUUCUAUUUGGAUUAUAUCUUCACCAUACUUGUCAACAUCCGGUGAUAACUCGGGCAGCCUUUUAAAAAUUGGGAUACCGUAUCUACCAUUCAUUUGAUUAGACCACAUCAUUUUAUCAUUUUUAAUUUAGAUUUAAAUAAUUC